AUGGGAACAAAACGGACUCACAUACAUGCAGUGCAGCAGGCCAGCCUCCUGCUGAGAGCAGUUCUUCUCUUUGCAGUGCUGUGUGGCCCACAGCACGUAGCGUCAGACUCAGACGAGGCGAUCCUGACUGAGUGGGAGAUCUGGAAGAGCAGCAAUGGCAUAGCCUACGAAGAAAUGGACGACAUGCAAAGGAGGGUCAUCUGGGAGGACAACAAGCGGAAAAUUGAAGACAACAAUCAAGGGUUUUUUAUGGGGAUGAGGCCCUUCAGUAUGGUCAUGAAUAAAUAUGGAGACCUGACAAGACAAGAAUAUCAGGUUUUGCAAGGUGCCAGGAUAGAUGCGCAAUUCGCGAAGAGAGGGAGGACUGUCUCGUCCCGAAGGCUGCGUAACGUUGCUAAGAAGUUAGAUGCUUGGGUUGUCGACUACAGGAACAUGGGUUAUGUCACUGAGGUGAAAGACCAGGGUUACUGUGGCUCGUGCUGGGCCUUCAGCACCACGGGAGCUAUCGAGGGACAAAUAUACAAGAGGACGGGUCAGCUUGUAUCUCUGAGUGAACAAAACCUGGUGGACUGCUCCAAAUCUUAUGGUACCUAUGGCUGCAAUGGUGCCUGGAUGGCCAACGCCUACGACUACGUGGUCAGCAACGGGCUGCAGUCGACAAGCACCUACCCAUACACCUCAGUGGACACCCAGCCCUGUUACUACGACAGCAGACUUGCAGUUGCCCAUGUCAAAGACUACAGGUUCAUACCCAAAGGAGAUGAGCAGGCCCUGGCUGAUGCCGUGGCAACUAUCGGGCCAAUCACAGUAGCUAUUGAUGCAGAUCAUGCAAGCUUCCUGUUCUACAGCUCAGGGAUAUAUGAUGAGCCCAGCUGCAACCCUAAUAAUCUGAGUCACGCGGUGCUGCUGGUUGGCUACGGGUCUGAAGGAGGUCAAGACUACUGGAUCAUCAAAAACAGUUGGGGUACCAGUUGGGGUGAAGGUGGCUUCAUGCGAAUCAUCCGAGAUGGCCGAAACACUUGUGGCAUUGCGAGCUAUGCUUUGUACCCUAUUCUAUGA